CAGCAGCGACAGUGACUCGAUUAGUGACGACGCCGACGAGACGGAGCAGGGCAUAUUGGAUCCCGUAAUCGCCCCACUGUUUCAUUCGGACACCGAAGAUGAAGAAUUCGAGGGAUUCACGGAUGUGGAAUAACUUUAUAAACUGCACCUCGGUCUUGUCUGGAGGCUCACGGAAGACCCCAAAGUGGUACCGGGAGACUGGGUCUUAAUCAAGAGUAUCAAGAAGAAGAAUUGGCACUCACCCAAGUGGGAAGGUCCCUUUUUGGUAUUACUCACGACACCUAACGCUUUAAAAAUAGCUGAACGCAACACGUGGAUUAAUUUGUCUCACUGUAAAAAAGUGAUCUCCGCAGACCCAACCUAAGUAAGGAAGGUGAGCAAAGUCUGGUAAUAGUGCCUGAUUCUGGUGCCAAGAUCCAGGGUUGACACGAAAGCUAGCGGAAGAAUUCCAAGACACCAACCCAAAGCUCAGGGUGUUGACUCUGAGGAGAUCUCAAACUAAGCGUUAAAAUGCCGUUGAAAAGAUGUUUUGCGAAGACGCGAACUUGCGACUAUUGGGACUUAUACGUUUGGAUAUUUGUCAUCCUUGGUACUGCUAUAGUUUGGACAGUGUGCUAUGCGCACAUCAUCCCUUUUUAUUUUAGACACGGGACUCACUAAAGCUACCACUGUUCCUGAUUACGUUUUUUACGAGUAUUGUUCGAGGGAUAACAGAGCUACACAUAGACGCGAUAAUUUCGCUGAUUACCAAUAUUGUUCAUGGAACGGUAAUGCCUUACGUAGACAUAGACGUGAAAUCUCAUCCUUUCCUGUGAAUGUCAUUUGCACGCCUGCUAUCAUUCAUGCGGGUACCCCUUGCGUACCAUGGCUCUUGGCCUGGACGUACAAAAAUUCAUUGACAUUCACCGUGGCCCCAGACACGUCUUCCACUAUCACUUUGCCCAUGAAGAGUUUGAAAGGCUUUCGACAAGGCCGGCCCACUACGGGUGACAAAUGGCUCAGAUAUUGGUGGUAUUUGACUGGCCACCCAAUUAGCACUGCUUGGGACACCCUUGUAACACAGGAACCAGGUUAUUGGCCUCCUGGUUCCAGCAAAGAGGCUGCAUUCUUUGCUAAGCGUGUAACUUUAAAAAACCAGGGCUCAAGCCUUCUUUUGACCUUUACACUGCCUGAUGGCCAAAUUCGGCCUCCAAACACUACUUUGUUCAACACUUCCUGUUGGGGUUUUCAGUUGUGGGCUUGGUCCUCUGGUUCGGAUCCUCAUUUUCCCUUUUGUAAUUUGCGUUAACAAAACAAUGUCGGGUGACGAUAGCCCCAUGUUAAAUAAUUAUACCAAAACAGCUGGAGCGAUGAUCACGAGUGUGGUCCUCACCGAUAUAGAUAGUCACUUUGUGGCCUCCACAAGUAUAAGUGGCCAAACUAACAACUGGCUCCUCAUGGCCGAGCAAGCCGUAAAUAUGACUAACACCAGUUGCGUUGUAUGUAUGGGCCCAAGGCCCCUUUUGAAAAUCAUUCCUGCUAGUGUUGUUCCUGAGUGUGCAAUAGUUUUGAUGUUGAACCCUUCCAUUCCAUCUACUCAUGCUUGUUCCAUAUGGGACAAAGUCUAUCCUGUUUCCUCUUUGACGAAGUUCAAACCCCUUUUUUCUACUGAUGUUGCUAAGGGUAAUUUCACGUGCAUCAAAUUACCUGGUACCGGCGUAAAGCUUGGUGCUUUAACUGCACCAAUGUGUGCUUCUUUUAUAAAUGUUGCCGCCCCUUUCUCACCAAUUGCUCGUAGUGAUAUUUGGUUUUGGUGCAAUACUAACAAACUUUAUGAUAGUCUGCCUUCUAAUAGCUCCGGAAUUUGCGCUUUGGUAACCCUUUUGCUUCCCGUUUUAUUGAUGCCCAUGACUCCUCAUGAGCUGGGAUCUUUUAUUGAUUCUAUUGUGCCCAAAUUCUGGUUGAGAGCUAAGCGAAGUGCCGAAUGGCAGGGCACGGCGGAUCCGACCUACAUAGAUGCCAUUGGCGUUCCCAGAGGAGUACCGGAUGAGUAUAAGCUGGUGAACCAGAUAGCAGCUGGUUUUGAAUCCACCCUGUGUUGGUGGUGUACUCUUAACAAAAAUGUUGACAGAAUCAAUUACAUCCACUACAACGUGCAGAGGCUUGGAAAUUGGACCGAGUCGGGCUUCAAGGCGGUCCACUCCCAGCUGGCCGCUACUUCCCUCAUGCUUUCCAGAACCGGAUGGCCCUUGACAUGCUACUCUCAUAGGGCGGUGUCUGCGCCAUGUUCGGUGAGCAAUGCUGCACUUUCAUCCCAAAUAACACUGCAGCUGACGGGAGCCUGUCCCAGGCCCUUGAGGGCUUGAGGACCUUGAAUGGGAAGAUGAAGGAGCACAGUGGAGUGAACACGGAGGUUUGGAACAACUGGCUGAAUGUGUUCGGCAAGUACCGCACCCUGGUUUCCUCGGCCCUUGUCUCCCUCGCCGUCUUUUCUGCUGUUUUGACCUUGUGUGGAUGUUGCUGUAUUCCGUGUCUCCGGUCUCUAAUUAACAGAUUAAUUACAACUGCUAUCUCUCCAGCGGCUGAGGCUUUUCCGUUGCUCCCGGGGGACGUCUUUGAGUUUGACAAAAAUUGCCACCUUAGCGUUGGCUCCAUCUUUGAGGCCCCUGCUGUGGACCUGUCCAAUUUCUUUCCUGAGACUGACAUUGACUGAUUGGCUUCAAUCCCCUCCCGGGUGUAAAUUUGUUCUUAUGACGUGUGAUCCUGCGGCUGAAAAUCUUUUGAAGUGGCCGCCUUUAGGUGAUAUGAGUGUCUCUGAGAACUUAUGAUAAACAGGGGGGAAUUGUUGGAAAAAUGUAUAUAUAUGUUAUCAUGCGUUGUCUUUUUGUUUCUUUAUUACUAUAUUACGAUAAAUGUUUUACCGCUAUAUUAGUACGAAUAUAUGCUUGUUGUUCUGCUUUGCUGUUCUUAUGUUCACCACAGAAAAGGUGUGAGGUUAUAUCUGGGUCGGCGGGAUGCAGCUGCAGAGAACACAAUGCCCUGCAACGGCAUUGUGUCUAUCAAUCAUCUUUCUUGGUCGAGUGGCUGUCACCGCACCUCUCACUCUCAAGGAAUGGAGCGCUAGGAGCGCCCCUGGUUACCUGCCCAAGUGGUUGCUUGAACUUACUGAACUUGCUGAACUCUUUGUGCUUCUUCCUAUAUCGCCAUAUAAGUAUAUCACCUGCCGUUUUUUACGUUUACCAAGCAGAAACCUUCGCGCUUCCCCUCUCCCUUAGCGGUUUCUGCUACACUUGUGGGUAGGGCAAACCCCAAAUAAAAAGAGCGAGGAUGCAGACAGACCUUAGUGUAGUUCGGUCAUUGUAAGCUGUCUGUACUGCACUCCUUGCGCAAGCUGCGACUCAA